UCGAUCGAGUCGAACGUGCUGCAUAAACGCUAGGACGGAUAUCUUGCGUGUGUGUCAUCACGUGACCAGUCCCAUGACAAGCAAGAUGGCUGCCGCUCGAUUGAGAAACAUUCUCUUCGCAUUUUAUGCUUGUUUUUGCACAUUCGUUUAUUGCGAGGACACUUUGUACAUCACGCACUCACCUAGCUAUGUAGAGUUUCAGAAAGACGCCGGGCCGAUUGACGUCACAGAAGUCCCGGAUAUGUUGUCUCUAGCCCUGGGAUUCUCAAGUUCAAAAGAGUUGAAAUGGACAGGGUUAGCGGUGGGGGAUUUAUUCCGUAGACCCAGAGCUAACGUCUUUAUCACCGUUGAGACCACAGACGAUUCGUUGUCUCUAAAUUUAGGAAGUGAUGCCCAACUCCAAUAUCUCUUGCAUGGUAGCGGAGUGGUCGGCCUACAGACGCUAGCUGACACACUCACUUUAAUGUUCGGCGAUCGGCCGUUGUUCCUUGAACUCACCCCAGAAGUAAAGGGCGUCCACGUUUCCACGGAGUACCAGAGUGUUUUUAAGUCUCUGCCGGACACGCUAAGCGAUGUGCUGCCGCUACUCAAGGGCGAUAGGUCCGUAAUUGCUGACAGCCAACUGGGCUCUCUAAAUCUGACCAACUCGGCUGAUGUGGCUCUGCUUGGCGAACUGCAGUUCCUGAGAGAGGUUGCCCACAAGCUGCGAGAGAACCCCGAGCUAGUGACAGACGGUUUUCCAGACCUCUAUUCCUUUACGCUGGCUGGUUUAAGAGUCAUUCAGAGCAAGUACGGAGUCGACUCCAUACAGGCCCAAGAUGCAGCCAAGUUGGUGGAAUCUUUCAUAUCCCAGUUUUCGACCGAAAUGGCCAACCUAUAUGACGGUGAUUUGCUGGUAGAGGUGAUGACGUCACACGAAGAACCGUUCGUGAAUCGGCAGAGUAGAUCUUUACUACAGGUUGCCGCUACCAGCCUCCCACCAUCACAGGGGCAAAUUGGCAACAAAGCCACGCCCUACGACGAGGAUUAUCCUGUCAUCUUCAACAUAAUCCUAUGGUUUGCCAUAGUCCUAGCCCUAGCCAUUUACGCAGUGGCUUACAGCUUAUGGAAUUUGGAUCCUGGAGACACGAUCAUCUACCGGAUGACUAGCCAGAGGAUGAAAAUAGAUUAAGGAUAAUCCUCAGAUUAGCUUAAUCCUGUCAAGGAUAUACGGUAAUCCUCUUUUGAAGUCAUUCCAUUUGUGGUGUAUCAUAGGAUAUUAAUUUUUACUCAUUCAUAAUCCAAGGGAUUAGUCGUAAUGAAAGAUGAAAAUAGAUUAAUUAGUAAUCCCCAGCAAUGCGAUAGUCCUCAUAGAGAUGUGAUAUUUUUUUGAAAUCAUUUACUGAUCUGUUUAGGAUAUAAUUUUUGUGUGUCAAUACCCGUGAUGAGUUAAAAUAUGGGAUUAAGUUUUGAAAGAUGAUUUUCAUUAAAUGUGGGCUAACUUACAAUUAACUUACAAUUUAAUUAAGUUUCAGUAUACAUGUAUGCAUUAUUCCAUUUAAACCUGAUAUUAUCUGGAUUAAGAAAAUGAGCUAAUCCCCUCACAAUUAUUGAUAUAAUUGUUUUCGUCUUUGAUAAGAAACGUGCAGGAAUUGGUGUAGAAACAUAAUUUUUGUAAAUUGUUUUUGACGUUUAGUUAAUAGUUGCAACUCGACAAAAAAUAUAUAAUAUACUUACCCAGCUUUUGAAUGUACCCUCAGUGUAACAAGUACUGUAUAAGUAUAUUUAUUGUUGACAAGUAAAUAAUUGUAAUAAUAUGCAAUUUAUGUAAAAGUUUUAUUGGCAAAUAGCAAUAUUGCAACGGACCUAAUUAUUUUCACAUUUACAACCAAGAUAGAAAAUGUUGUAGAAUAACAAGCAUUUAGAGAAACAAAUUCUUAAAAACCAAAAAAAAAAAAACAUGGUAAAUAUAGUCUGAACGAAAUUAUGGGUAUAAAGGUUAAACUAAAGCAUGUAACACGAUAACAUUAACACAUUCACUUACAAAAAAAUAAAGACAAGUCGAAAUUGUGAAUAUUAAUAUUAUUGCUAUAUUGUGAAGAAAGGAAAGCACAAAACCUUCGAGAAUUUGUGAAAUCUAGCAAAUUAAUAAUUACGGGCAGUUCUUGUAAAAAUUUCAUUUCAUUUCAAAGUUUGACUCUUCACUGUAAAUUUCAAUUCGGCGGUAUUCUGUUCUCAGUUCUGAACGUGUACACGUCGAAGAUAGUUUAGGCAAGAAUUAAGACGACAGAAGUGUAAUUUAUUGCAAGUAAUAAAAGAGUAUCAGUGUGAACCGUGCAUUAGUUGGAAUCGUAGAUUGUGAAUGACAGCGAAAAAAAAAACUGCGAAAAGAGUUUGCAGGGAACUUAUUAUUUCCGAACGUGGAUCAGAAAAUUGAUUUCUCGCCGGCGUUAUAGCGAGUCUGAUCUUUAAAUAACGGAAGUCUCACUUGGCGGGAAAACGUAGAAAAUAUCGAUGCAUAAACAGGUGUAGUGCGUUGGUGUCAGUAAAUGUUAGAAAGAUAUUUCUGGAUGUUUUAUUUCAAGUAAUGUUUAUUUAGCGAUGAAUCAUGAUUUGUAUUUUAUGGCUUUAUCUCUCAAGUGAAUAAGGGAACAUAACAGAUACUAUGAAGGAAUAAAAACAAGUCAAAGACGAUCCUUUUAAACAUUUUGAGAUUUAUUGGUUCUCAAGAAGCCUAAAUAUUCUAAAUUGUAUAUCAGUAUUGUACGCGAUGAUCGGUGUUGAUUUUUGUACAAAUAUAAUAAAACGUUCCCCUGUGUUUCUUUA